UGCUUGGCGGCCGGCAUGGCCUGGACCACCUCCUGGGCCACGUGGCGCUCCCUCCUGAUCUCCUCCUCCAUCGCCCUGAUGGCCUCCUCCCUCCUGCAGAGCACACGGGGGAGGAGUUUCUGAUUGUUUAUCCAGAGGAGGAGCCGAGGACACAUCUCGCCCAGAGGAAGGAUACAUGUAUGUUUCGUGCUUCAGGCUUCCUUUACCGUGUCCUCGCUUCCUUUCCUCUAAUCCCUAAAGUCUCUCCUCUCAUGACAGCUUUCCUUCCCUCAUCUCCUUCACGGAACUCAAGCCCUCUUUUCAUCCUUCUCUUUAUAUUCUUCCAUCUUCAAUAACUUCCAGUUUAAAUACUUUGGAUGUCAGGAGAUUUAAAUCCUCCUCAUGAAUUAACUUGUUCAACAAGUUAAAUAUCCUUCUAACCAAGGAGGAAGCAGGAAGGAGGAAGCAGGAAAGGAGGCGUGACUUCCUCCGCCAUCAUGUUGACGUGUCAGCAGUUUUUUUACGACGGGGGUCAAAGUCCACGCGUCCUCGAGCGGCUCCAGACCGCCGCUCUACGGUCAUCUACCUGCGCAGGUGAGCGUCGGACAGAACCUCACAGCCGGCUGAAGUUCUCCAGGUGGAACCCGACAGGCGUGAUGGGGGGGCGGCUCCCUCUGCUGCUGCUGGGCUUCUCUUCUCUGCUCCUGGCUGUUUGUGGCGCUGAGGUCCAGGAUCCACUGGUAGGACGUCUUAUAUCUGUGGAGUUUCUUUGUUUACACACGAUGACGAGUCACCGGUUAAUAAUCAUCCGUCAGCAGGUGGAGAAGCUGAGCGCCAACGUGUCCUCCGUCACCAAGCUGGUGGUGGAGGGGCGCGGCGCCCUGAGCGAGGCCGACAGGCGGGCCCUGGCUGGGCACCCCGACCCGGAGGAGGUGCCACCAUCUUCCAUCAGCACCGAGCCACAGACGCCACAGACGCCCCGCCCACAGGAGUCUGGGGGCUCCUCCACCGCGCUGCAGACCGCAUGGACGUCGCGCCAGAAACACGUCAACCAAGCUCAGACCCCCGUGCUCGGCAGCUCGUGAAGGUUCGCGGCGUGCGUCGCCGUGUUGGCGCUGAUCACCUCGGGGCUCAUCGUGUGCGCCCUCAAGGGGCCGUCCCUCUACAAGCUCUUCCACAACUACCGGCACCGCCGGCUGCGCCAGGAGGAGGAGGAGGGGGUCGUGUCCACGGUCUUCUCGGAGACGGGGAGAUACCGGAACCACCAGACGUUCACCUUCAAGCAGGAGCACGGGCCGAGAGAGGAGGAGGAGGAGGAGGAGGACGGGUACUUUGAGGACCCGUACGUCAGGAGCGAAGAGUACCCCGCAGGAGGGGAGACGGCAGCGCAGCCGGGAGGAGGAAGCAUCCGGCAGUGAGGAAGCGAGGAAGCGAGGAAGCAUCCUCUGACUAGACGCUAUUGUUUCUCUAACUCUGCUCAGCGUGACUCUUGAUUGUGUUGAUUUGUUCUGCAGAUCAACUGUAAAAUGAUUCCAACACAUCAAUAAAUAAAUGAAUUAUUAAAAGAUAACUGAACACCAGCAGAGAGUUCAUUAGUUUCUCUUAUUCUGAAGGAGACGAUCCUCCAGUCUCCUUCAUCCCUUCAACACAUUCUGAGACAGGAACACAAAGGAGUUCAAGAGAUGAUCCCAGAGCCAGAGACCCCCCCCCCCCCCU